AAGGUCAUGUUCAAGAAAUUGUUUGUGGGCAUCUGUUUAAAACAGGUGUCUUUAUUUAGAACAUAAAAAUUAAGUGACAUGCUUAUCUGAUGUCCCAUAUUGCUUGAACAGGUGGGUUUUUGUGAUUAAAAAAGGGUAUCAAGACACCGACACAUCAAUACAGAGCUCUGUCAUUACCAAGUUAAAGGGAGUUGCCUUCACCAACACUACAGAAUUGGGGCCAAGACUCUGGGAUGUGGUGGAUUAUGUCAUACCCCCACAGGGUGAAAAUAUUUUUUUUGUGGUGACAAACCUGAUUGUGACCCCGAAUCAGAGGCAAGGUAAAUGCAGCGAGAAUGCUGGAAUCCCUGAUGCAGUGUGUUCAAAGGACAGUGACUGCCCGGAGGGUGAACCAGUCAUUGCCGGCAAUGGGGUAAAGACUGGCCGCUGCCUAAAUGGAGAAGAAAAACACACAACUGGAAUCUUGUGAAAUAUUUGCAUGGUGCCCCUUGGAAAAGAAGCAGAAGUUAAGGCUACCACUUCUAGGAAAAGCAGAGAACUUCACAGUCUACAUUAAAAAUUCCAUCCGGUUUCCAAAGUUUUAAUUUUUCCAAAACGAAUGUACUUGAUACAAAAGACGACUCUUUCCUAAAGAAAUGUCGCUACAGCAAAGAGGAUCAUUAUUGCCCCAUCUUCCACCUAGGGAAAAUUGUCUCUUGGUCUGGAAAUGACUUUCAGGAUAUAGCAUUGGAGGGUGGUGUUAUUGGAAUUCAGAUAGAAUGGGAUUGUAACCUGGACAAGGAUGCAUCUGAAUGUCACCCUCGCUACUCUUUCACACGGCUGGACAAUAAGUUCACAGAGAAAUCUGUCUCCUCUGGCUACAAUUUCAGAUAUGCCAAAUAUUAUCGUGAUGUGAAUGAGACAGACUACAGGACACUGAUAAAAGCAUAUGGCAUUCGUUUUGACAUCAUGGUGAAUGGAAAGGCUGGAAAAUUUAAUAUCAUCCCAACAAUUAUCAAUAUAGGUUCCGGCCUGGCUCUAAUGGGUGCGGGGGCGUUCUUCUGUGACUUGGUCUUGCUGUAUUUGAUUAAAAGGAGCAACUUCUACAGGGACAAGAAAUUUGAAGAAGUGAAGUAA